AUGAAGAAGGAAGCACCUUGCCUCGUUCUCAACUUGGGCCCGUUACCUACUUGGAGCCGGACAGGAGGCCACAAAGAGUUCUCAAGGAGGCACCGGAACCAGUGCGAGGACACGGCCCCCCUGUCGCUGAGCCCCGAGCCGGCGGGCCCCGACAUAGAGACCUACCCGCCAUCCAGGGUGUUGCCCUUCCUCUACGUCGGCAACGCCAGGGACGCCGGAGACACCACCCUCCUGAGGGACCUCGGCGUGUCCAAAGUCCUCAACGUCACCCUGCAGGCCACGGGUCCAGAGCCCAGCGGGAUAGCCUACAGGCAACUACCUGCUUCCGACUCGGGCCAGCAGAACAUCAAGCAGUACUUCGAAGAGGCCUUCUCCUUCAUCGAGGAGGCGCGGAAGUCGAACUGCGCAGUGCUGAUCCACUGCCAGGCCGGAGUGUCGCGGUCGCCGACGAUCGCUAUCGCCUACAUCAUGAAGCACCGAGGACUGUCGAUGAUAGAGGCCUACAAGCUGGUGAAGGCCGCGCGCUCCAUCAUCUCCCCCAACCUCAACUUCAUGGGCCAACUGCUGGAGCUGGAGCAGUGCCUGAGGAGCAGCACGGAGACCAAGCCCACCUGGCAGCAGCAGGCCACUGCCCAAGAGGAGCUCUCUGGCUGCUCUGUCUGA